AUGAAACUCACAAAAAACAAGAUUGAUCCUGGAGAGAAAAACUCAAACACAUUAGCUGGUACAAACAAUGAAGCAUUAGAAAAAUGGAAGCUUCGACUUCUCAAUGCUAUCAGCAUUACCAUAGACGAACAACCACCAAAAUCUGCCGACACUUCUACUAACUCAUCGGAUGAGGUUAUCGCAAAAUCUGCUGAAUCUUCUACUAACUCAUCGAAUGAGCCUGGCAAGCAGGUUCAACAAGCAGAUUCCAGCUCAAGAGCAUGGUGCGUGUGCAUGCCUGAGGAUGAAUCCGAGAGAAAAAUUGUUAUAGGUUUUUUCAUUGCAUCAAUCGUCAUCUUGCUGUUUGUUAUUCUAUUGGCUUGUGUGACAGGCGAAUGGAAGCCUGGACAACUUACCAAUGUCUAUCUCAAAAGUGCUCGACUAGCACAAGGACCUUCUGGAAGCCGAAAAGAGUCAAUUGGAUUCCGUGCUCGUCGAGAGAUUUAA